AUGGAAUGGAAUGGAAUGAUGUGGAAUGGAAUGGAGUGGAGAGGAGUGGAGUGGAAUGAAGAGGAGAGGACUGGAAUGGAAUGGAAUGGCAUGAAACGGAAUGGAACGGAAUGGAAUGGAGAGGAGGGGAUUGGAGUGAAUUGGAAUGGAGUGGAAGGUAGUGGAGUGCAGUGGAUUGGAAUAGAAUAUAGUCGAAUGGAAAGGAAAGGAAUGGAACGGAAUAGUGAAGUGGAAGGGAAUGGAAUGGAGUGGAAUGCAAUGGAAUGGAGUUGGGUGGAGUUGAAUGGAGAGGAAAGUAGAGAAAUGGAAUUGAGUGGAAUGAAAGUGAUAAGAGUGGAAUGGAGUGGAAUGGAAUGGAAUGGAAUGAAAGGGAUAAGAAUGGAAUGA